AUGGCCCCGAACGUUGACCCUGUCCGAUCCACCGCCACGAUCCUCUCGGUGGACCAAAUGCACAUCACCUCUGUUCUGUCCAACAGGUCGCAGAAAAUCCUCGUGGACCACCCCGUCGACAAGGACGAGGCGGUCAUUCUGGCCCUCGGUUACAAGCAGGAGUUCAAAAGAGAGUUUUCGCUUAUCACCACGUUCGGAGUCUCGUUUUCGGUGCUCGGUCUGCUUCCCUCGAUCGCGUCCACCUUGUGGUACUCGCUUGCCUACUCCGGCAACGCGGGCCUCACCUGGGCGUAUCUGGUGGGCAUGAUCGGAGUCAUGGCCGUUGCGUGCUCCAUGGCCGAGAUCUCAAGCGCAUUCCCGACUUCUGGUGGACUCUACUAUGCCACAGCUAUGCUUGCUCCGCCAGGCUACAAAGCUGUGCUCUCCUGGUUUGUCGGCUGGUCCAAUUACUUUGUGCAAGUGACGGGCGCUCCAUCUGUGGCAUACGGCUGUGCCAGCAUGAUUCUAGCGCUCAAGUCGCUCAAUGACCCAGACUAUUCUGCCACCAAUUGGCAAACGUAUCUGCUAACCUCGUGUCUGACGUUUUUCUGCUCCAUCAUCGCCUCGCUCCCUACCAAAUGGAUUGCCUGGAUCAAUUCCGGCUCCACCGCGCUCAACCUGCUCUUUUUGUUCAUCUCUUUCGUUAUUAUCCUUGGCGGCAACACCAGAAGCGACCAGGGGCUUCCCAAGUUCAACAACAACGACGCAGCCUGGGGAAUCACUAACUUCACUGAAUGGCCGAACGGGAUCUGUGUUCUGAUGAGUUUUAUGGCCGUGAUCUGGACGAUGUCUGGUUUCGACUCGCCAUUCCACCUUGCUGAAGAGUGUAGCAACGCCCAGUUGGCCACUCCGCGGGCCAUCGUGCUGACUGCGUCCGUGGGAGGCAUUCUCGGGUUCGUUUUCCAGCUUGCCAUGGCGUACACGAUCGUUGACGUUGAUGAUGCAGUCAACGACGAAUUGGGCCAGCCGUACGUUUCGUUUUUGGCGCAGAUCAUGACCAAAGAAAGAGUCAUCACGCUGACCGCGUUCGCCAUUGUUCUCUCUUUCACCAUGGCCUUUUCCUGUAUGAUUGCCGCGUCCAGAGUGCUAUUUUCGUACUCGAGAGACGGGUGUUUCCCGCUGUCUAGAGUUUGGUCGCACGUCAACACCACCACAAAGACUCCUGUCAACGCUGUGUGGGCCAACUGGUUCCUGGGCGAGCUGCUGCUACUACUCAUGUUUGGCGGCGAAACGCCGAUCGACGCCAUUUUCUCCGUCGGAGCAAUUGGCUCAUUUAUCUCCUUUACAGUGCCAACACUGCUCCGGAUCACCUAUGCCAGAAAUACGUUCCAGAAGGGCCCGUGGCACCUGGGCGCAUUUUCUAUUCCUUCCGGUGUGGUGGCCGUGUGUUUUGUGACGCUCAUGAUCCCAAUUCUGAACUUCCCGCAGUACAAAGGAGCUGAUAACACCCCAGAUAUGAUGAACUGGACGGUGCUGGUGUACUGGGGCUCGAUGUUCCUGUGUAUGGUGUGGUACGCCGUGUACGCUCACAAGGUCUACAAAGGGCCAAAGAGCAACCUCGACAAGGACCAGCUGGUCACGGACGAUGAGGACAACGUCAUCGAGGCGGUCACCUCAAAGGGCCAGGACGUGAGAUACUACGGAGAAAAAGCGUGA